CUCUCAUCACUUUCUUCACUGCUUCAACUUAGCUUCAAGAAGACAAGACUCAAAAUUAAGAAAAUGGAGAUCAUCAAUUCUUGCUUCUUCUUUGUCCUUGUGCUUCUCUUUGCUUCAACAAUGUCACUGGCUAAUGCAAAAGUUCAUCACCAUGAGUUUGUAAUUCAAGCAACAAAAGUGAAGAGGCUGUGCAAAACUCAUAAUACCAUCACAGUGAAUGGGAUGUUUCCUGGACCAACCUUGGAACUUAACAAUGGAGACUCACUAGUUGUCAAAGUUACCAACCGAGCAAGAUACAAUGUUACCAUUCACUGGCAUGGAAUAAGGCAGAUGAGAACAGGAUGGGCAGAUGGGCCAGAAUUUGUGACACAGUGUCCAAUUAGACCAGGUGGAAGUUACACCUACAGGUUCACAGUUGAUGGACAAGAAGGAACACUGUGGUGGCAUGCUCAUAGCUCAUGGCUCAGAGCCACUGUCUAUGGUGCUUUAAUUAUCUAUCCAAGAGAAGGAGACUCAUACCCUUUCCCCAAACCCAAAAGAGAAACACCCAUUCUACUUGGGGAAUGGUGGGAUGCUAACCCCAUUGAUGUGGUGAGGGAGUCCACUAGAACAGGAGCAUCUCCAAACAUUUCUGAUGCUUACACCAUUAAUGGCCAACCCGGAGAUCUUUACAAUUGUUCUAAUAAAGACACUGUAAUUGUUCCAAUUGGCUCCGGCGAGACAAACCUCCUGCGAGUAAUCAACGCUGCGCUCAAUCAACCAUUAUUCUUCACCAUUGCCAACCACAAGUUCACAGUUGUUGGUGCUGAUGCUUCCUAUCUCAAACCUGUCACCACUUCAGUAAUCAUGCUAGGACCUGGCCAAACCACCGAUGUUUUGAUCUCCGGUGACCAGCCACCAGCUAGAUACUACAUCGCAGCACGUGCCUAUCAAAGUGCCCAAAAUGCUCCAUUUGACAAUACCACCACCACAGCCAUUCUUGAAUACAACUCUGCUCCUUGCCCUGCUAAAUGCCUCACAAGCAAUCCAAUUAUGCCUCAACUGCCAGCCUUCAACGACACAAACACAGUCACUGCCUUCAGCCAGAGCCUUAAAAGUCCCCGGAAAGUUGAGGUUCCAACUGAAAUUGAUGAAAGCCUCUUUUUCACAAUUGGCCUAGGACUCAACAGAUGUCCUAAGAAUUUUCGUCCCAGGAGAUGCCAAGGACCCAAUGGCACUCGCUUCACAUCCAGCAUGAACAAUGUCUCUUUUGUGUUUCCUUCAAGCUUCUCCCUUCUGCAAGCUUAUCAGCAAAACAUACCAGGAGUUUUCACCACUGAUUUUCCGGCAACACCUCCGGUGAAAUUCGAUUACACCGGCAACGUCAGCCGAUCACUUUGGCAACCUGCUACAGGCACUAAACUUUACAAAUUGAAGUAUGGAUCAAGGGUCCAGAUUGUUCUACAAGACACAAGCAUUGUAACACCUGAGAACCACCCAAUUCAUCUCCAUGGAUAUGAUUUCUAUAUCAUUGCUGAAGGAUUUGGAAACUUCAAUCCGAAAACUGAUACAGCUAAAUUCAACCUUGUGGAUCCACCAAUGAGGAACACAGUUGCAGUUCCUUCAAAUGGAUGGGCAGUCAUUAGAUUUGUUGCAGACAAUCCAGGGGUGUGGAUAAUGCAUUGUCACUUGGAUGUUCAUAUUACAUGGGGAUUGGCUAUGGCCUUUUUGGUGGAAGAUGGAGUUGGGAAGCUACAGUCUCUAGAGCCUCCUCCAGCUGAUCUCCCUCUGUGUUAAGAUUGAUAAAAGAAAUGCAACCCAUCAAUAGGGGAUUGCAAAUUUAAAAAUAAAAAAAAAAAAAAUUU